AUGGCCUCGCCCAUGUCUCAUCAUAUGCAGCCUCAUGCUGACCACCUCAAUCCACCUACUAUUGUCGGGGACUAUGUAGUGGGCAGUGAAAUCGGAAGAGGCUCUUUCGCCACCGUCUAUCUGGCGUCACGCACUCAGGUGCUCAAGAAUGGACACAACGACUUACAACCAACUCCCUUUGCUGUCAAGUCCGUCCUCAGGGACAAGCUCAAUCGAAAACUAUCCGAGAAUCUGCAGUCCGAAAUCAAGAUUCUACAGGGCCUAAGACAUCCGAACAUUGUGCAGCUAUUAGAUGUUGUGAAUACGGACCGGCAUAUACAUUUGAUUAUGGAGUAUUGCUCUCUGGGAGACUUGUCUUCCUUCAUCAAACGAAAAGGAGUGCAAAAUAGUCAGAUCAAUGUCAAUCCUGGCUCCAAUUAUCUAGCUGGACUAUCAGGAGGGCUGGCUGAAUUCGUUGUCCGUCACUUUCUCAAUCAUCUAGUCAAGGCCAUGAUCUUUCUACGUCAGAAUAGUCUUAUACAUAGAGAUUUGAAGCCUCAAAAUCUGCUAUUGUCAGUCGCACCGAUUGGAAGCAGGCAUAUUGAAGUAAAUGGAAGCAUGGUCCCUGCUCUUCCAGUAUUGAAACUAGCAGACUUUGGUUUUGCAAGGAGUCUGGCGUCACAAGAUAUGGCCUCUACCUUGUGUGGAUCACCGUUGUACAUGGCACCAGAAGUAUUGAGAGGCGACAAGUACGAUGCCAAAGCAGAUUUAUGGUCAUUAGGUGCUAUAUUAUAUGAAAUGAUAUACGGACGACCGCCCUUCAAAGCUCAAAACCAUAUCGACCUCCUCAAAAAGAUUGAUAGAGGCGAUGGGACUAUUCGAUUUCCAGGUGAAGAUAACGGCCAUCAAGUAGGAUUUGACCCUGUAUCGAGUCUCACUGGUCACACAACUCGUAAUGUCGCACCUUCAUCCAAUCGACCAAAUCGAGCAUCACCAACUCCAGCCGGAUAUCAUAGAUCUAGUCCACAACCUAGUAUUGGUAUGGCUGUUAAUAUUGUACAGCCCAGUGAGGAUUUGAAGGAUUUGAUACGUCAGUUGUUGAAGAGGAAUCCGAUAGAACGUAUGAGCUUUGAGGAAUUCUUCCUUCACCCUGCCGUUCAAGCCUCAACGCCACGUAGCCUAACUCCAACACCGACAUCCAUGUCAAUGGAAUCGAGUGGGAACAGUGAGACCUCAUAUCAUAAUGCGCAGCCACCAUUUGCGUCAUCAUCAACCAUAUCGUCUUCUCGAGAUGCUCCAUCAGAAGCCCCUCGUAAAGGUCAUCCAUCUUCUCUUCCUUCAGGAUUCUUGUCUACUGGGAAGGCUAUAUCACCAACCGCAAACCGUACUCGAUCAAAGAGUUUUGCUAAUCCAGAAGGAAUGUCGUAUGCGGAGGUUCUCAACCAUCAGGAUAAUGGUGGUAGUAGUCGUAAUAGUAAUGAACGGCAGUCGCAUAGCCAGUCGAGUCAGCAAAACUCUCGAGAGUCAUUGACACCACCAUCGUCUCCACGAAGAUCUUAUGCUUCAGUAGCAAAGUCUCCGACCUUGGAUGCAAGGCCCCUGACAAGUGCCGAAUCCAUGUUAAAUAGGAAUGAACCGCUUAGACGAUCUAAUGGCUCAACUGAACGAGAAUCCAGACGCCGUUCUAGUGCUCCUCAUGUACAAUUCAUGAUGUCGAAUCUAGAUCCACCAUUCCCAAACUAUGCUGUAGAUCCAAAUGCGUUUGCUCAUAUGCAGACCAAUGGACGUGAUAAUGGAGCAUCUGUGACUUCUUUAGGGUCUAUAGAAAUGUCGGGUGGGUCUGGCGAAGCUGAUGAGAGAGAUCGCAUGGUCAUGUUGGUCAAGAAACCGUCUUCGUCUAGCAAUUCACCACGAACUGCAGCCUCAUCUGCACCGACUGGUGGAUUUGUAACUCACCAUACGCAUCAUCGCCAUAACGGUCAUCAUAAGUCUUCUGCUGCACUAAAGAAUUCCAAUCUGGAUGAAUAUGUAGUGGUAGAGAAGGGUGCUGUUGAAGUGAAUUGGUUGGCUGAUGAAGUGGAGCGAAUGGUGGGACUUGGAGUCAACCAGGGCAAUAAUGUGAAUAAUAACAAUGGCUACCACCACAACAAUAGCAACCAUAGGAAUUCCAAUGGAUCCACUCCUACAUCAAAACGAAGAACAAAUGAGAACACUUCACCGUCUGAUGGUAAUAAAACGCCAUGGGCAGAAACCUUCAAAGGGCGUCCUCAAUCCCAAAUGCCAGAAUCCAUGCAUCGUUUCCUAGAUCCACCUGUAGAUAAUGGACAUAGAACAGCACAAUCGUCGUCAUUACAAGAUCAUUUAGCCAUGCUGAAUCGCUGUGCAAGGCGAGGCCAAGCCAUUCAUCAAUUUGCUGAUGAACGACUACUAGUUGCUAAGAAUGCAGUUAUAAAGGACUCGCCUGGUAGUAAUAACAGUAUGAAUGGUAACAUGAAGGGAUCUUCGUCGAGAGCAUGGGCUGAAGAAGCAUUGGCAUUGUAUAUUAGAGCAUUGAGUCUAUAUGAGCAAGGCAUGACUGUAGCUAGGGCGGUGCUGUCUCGCGGUGCGCCUGGGGUGAAUCUUGGUAGUUUAUCAGCAGCUGUAGCAUGGAUUCGAGAUCGUUUUAAUGAGUGUCUUGAACGAGCUGAACUGGCUCGUAAAGUCAUGGAGAGUAAACCUGAUAUGACGCCAGCACGAACUGUAGAGAAGAUGAUUCAUGAUCGUGCUCUUGACAUGGCUGAAACUGCAGGUGUGUCUGAACUCAAUGGGGGAGAUUUAGCUAGUUGUGAAGCUGCUUACUCUCAUGCUGCUCUACUCCUGGAAGGAAUACUUCAAGAGCACCAAGGCAACAACAAUAAUCAGGAUUCUCUUCCGUUUUCUAUGGAUGUACAAUUUGAGACCAUCUCUUCUGAUGACAGAGCAGCUAUCGAACGCUUCUUGGCUUCAUUAUACGUGCAAAUCAGCCGCAUUCGAGAAAGUAGUGGUGUCAAGAGACGAUAA